AUGUCGGAAAUUGUCGAGGAAGUAGUAAGAAACAGCACGGAAAAAUCCGAACCCAUGGACCCUCCGCCCAUAGCAGAAGAUGCCGUAUUUGGCGAGAUCACAGAGGAAGGGCCGAACUACAGAGACGUCGGAUGGCUAGGGACAGUGGCUCUCAUGAUGAAGACCCAGUUUGGCCUCGGCGUUCUUUCUAUACCUCAGGUCUUCAACACCCUGGGCUUGAUCCCGGGUAUUGUGUGUCUCUGCGUCAUUGCGUCCAUGUGUACCUGGUCUACUUAUAUUAUUGGACAAUUUAAACUGCAGCAUCCUGAGGUCUAUGGCAUCGAUGAUGCGGGCGAAUUGAUGUUUGGUCGCAUAGGCCGUGAGGUCUUCGGUGUCAGUGUCUGUAUUUACUGGAUAUUCUGUGCUGGUUCAGGUCUCUUAAGCACGUCUACCGGACUAAACGCUGUCUCCAGCCAUGGGGCCUGCACCACUGUUUUUGUUGCGGUCGCUGCGAUCGUUUCCUUCGGUCUCGCUAGCAUCCGUACACUAGGAAAGAUCAAGUGGACUGCUUGGGUUGGGCUGGGUUGUAUUUUUACUGCUGUGAUUAUGGUUACCAUCGCGGUCGGUCUGCAGGAUAGGCCUUCAGCGGCACCCAAGGGGAACGGCGCCUGGGUCUCGGAUUAUAAACUUGUCGGCAGUCCAUCGUUCACGCAAGCAAUAUCCGCCGUGUCAUCUCUCGUAUAUUCCUACUCUGGCACGCCUGGAUUCUUUCCCAUCGCCGCCGAAAUGCGCGACCCAUCGCUCUACACACGAGCCCUCAUAAUCUGCCAGGGAUCCGUAACUGCAAUCUACAAUGCCUCCGGGACUGUCAUCUACUACUACUGCGGGUCCUACGUUUCAUCGCCCGCCCUCGGCUCAGCCGGCGCCCUAAUCAAGAAAGUCUCGUACGGAAUCUCCCUCCCUGGCCUGAUAGUCAGCACGAUUGUCGUUCUACACUUCCCAAGCAAAUACAUCUUCGUCCGCAUCCUGCGCGGCUCAAAGCACCUGACUUCCAACUCCGUCAUACACUGGGUGACCUGGCUCAGCUGCACCUUGGCGAUCACAAUAGCCUCGUAUCUCAUCGCCAGUGGGAUUCCUAUUUUUGGCGACCUUGUCUCCUUGAUUGGUGCUCUUCUCGGAACGUUCAUGUCCUUUCAACCAAUGGGGUGCAUGUGGCUCUACGAUAAUUGGAAAAGGGACCGAGAGCAGCCCACGGCUAAAUGGAUGCUUCUGGCCGCCUGGAGCAUUGCGGUUGUUGCGCUGGGCUCGUUUCUAAUGGUUGCCGGGACUUACGGGUCCAUUACUAGCAUUAUCGCGUCUAGUAAGGCGGCGUCGGGAGCGUCGGCGUGGUCGUGUGCUGACAAUUCGAACUCGUGA